UAACAACCAAUGAAGAUAUGAUCACAUCAUGUGAUCAAGAAAGACAUAAAACUGGAGCUGUCUUAAAACACCUCAACGUUUUUGAAUUUCUUCGAAAGCGACGCCGCUUAUAGCGUUCUUUGUUGAAUUGAGUUAAACUUGUCAAUUGGAAGUGCAUAAUGUCAAGAUAUAGAGACAGUGGUUGCCCACCAGAUUGCAAAGUAUAUGUUGGAGAUUUGGGAAACAGUGGAACGAAACAUGAAAUAGAAGAUGCAUUUAGUUAUUAUGGCCCUUUAAGAAAUGUGUGGGUUGCUAGAAACCCACCUGGGUUUGCAUUUGUUGAAUUUGAAGAUUCACGGGAUGCUAGGGAUGCAGUCAGAGCUCUUGAUGGAAAAUUAUUAUGUGGCCGCAGAGUGAGAGUAGAGCUGUCAACUGGACGUACACGAAAUUCUUUCAGAGGUCCACCGCCUCGUCCAUUCCAUCCUGAUGAUCGCUGCUAUGAUUGUGGUGAAAGAGGUCAUUAUGCAAGAGAUUGUAAACGUGUGAGCAAAAGGUCACCUGUUAGGAAUCGUCGUACUAGAUCACGUUCCCGUGGUCGUUCUGUAAGCCGAAGUCGUUCCAAGUCAGUGAGCAGAACUCCUAGCCGAAGUCGCAGUGUUAGCCGAAGUCGUUCCAGGAGCAGAAGCAAAUCUGGAUCUCGUGGGAGGCAGUGAUCUGACUGGUUUGAAGACUUUACAGCAUACUCUGCUGUUAUUCAAUUAUAAAUGUAAUAUUCAGUAUUUAUGUACUGUGUUUGCUUGUAGCACUGUGAUGCACUAAUUGUGUUUCUUUGUUACAUUUGUUGUUUUAGGUUUUACUGUAAUGUAUUUUAAAGAGAAGUAAAUUUCUGAUUCCAUGAGCAUAUGCUCAUUUUGAAAUCAGAUUUGAGUCAUUUUAAGGGCCCAAAAGACCUAUUAUAUUUUUAAAUAUAAUGUUUGCAUUUGUUUUUCUUUUAUGCAUUAUUAAGUAUUAUAUAUUCAUAUUUUAAAGUUAAAUUUAGAGUUUUAGGUAGGUAGUUUUUCUGUGUAUGGUGUAAAUGGGGAUUUAUAAAAAAUUCUACAUUCUAAUGUAGCUCUAUAUUUUUAAAAUUAAAAGUUAUGAGAGGUGAGAUGAUUUAUCCAAAUUUGAUUUGUGCCAAAAGUGUGAAAGGUGAUUUAUGUAUUAAUUUAGUUUAAUGCAUUGUUCCUCAAAUGAUUAAAUAGUUUUGUAUUUAUUCAAUAAAAAAACUUCAACUUGCACUUCCUCUCCCUUCUUGAAAAAUAUUUUUAAAUUUUGGCAAAGUGAAUUCGUCAAUAUAGCUAAAUAAAGAAAUGUUUAAAUAAAGCAGUAUAAUUCACAAAAGUAUAGGAAUCCUUUUAUUUUGGUCGUGAACAGCUUUUCUUUUUAACUUAUAUACUUGUUUUUUAUGCAUUUAAUGUGAAAUUCUGGGAUGAUAAGGCAUUUUAUUCUUUCAAUGUAUAAUUUUUUUUUUUUUUUUUUUUUCUUAUGUACAAAUGUAUUCAUCAGGAAUUUGAAAAUUUCUUUCAAAAACAAGGAUUAAUCAAAUAAUACUGCGUAUGUUUUAACUAGUGCUUUGUAUUGCUAUUUCUGAUUCAUUUUCAUGAUAUAAGCUUCUAAAGCCCUUCUUCGGCUUUUUUUACAUCAAAAUUUUUCAUGUUGUUUUAUAAUAUUGAUUGUGGGCAAUCUGAUUUAAAUUAUCCUUUAUGUAUAAUAAAUCCAUGUAACUUUGCAAAUAUGAAUGAAAUAUUGUUCUUGGUAUAAUUCCUUGCUGUCAGUAUCAAAUUAUCAAGCAUUGGCAGAAAUGCAGCUAAAUUAAUCAGCAUUUUAAAUAGCUUGAUAAAAUUGUUCUCAGCUAUAAUCUCUCCUGCAAGUAAGUAUUGUAACAGAGUACUUGCAGGAGUAUUGCAAUACUAUCGUGAGUUUUACUAUAAUAAUGAAAAUGUUAUUUACUAUGUUAAUCUUCAAGAUUAUUUUUAAAAGGAACAGUGAAACCGAAUAUUUUUAUUCUUAUUUUUGCAUGUUUCUCAUCUGUUGAUUUAAAGUAUUUGAUCAGGGGCUGCCAGCCGGGGGGGGGGAGAUGCAGUCAAUCUGUUGUUAAGCUAUUUAGUUUUAAUUUGUGAAUAUAAAAUAGCUACUUUUGUUCAAGUUUUGGUAUUUACCAAUAUUUUUUAUACUUUUUGUUGUUUAACUUAUUAAACAUGUUAAAGUAUAAUUGAAAUAUAGAUAAAUGUAUAUAUGAAUUUUUUCAACUUUGGAAAGGAGUGGAGAAUGAUCUAGCAAUGAUGAAAAAGGUUCAUGGAGCCAAAAAAAAGUUGAGAACCACUGUGUUCUAUAUUUUGAUUUUCAGUAAAGAUAACUUUUAAUUAUAUUUUAUUCUAUACCUUUAUGCAAAGUUUGGGAGGGAGGAGCAUCCUAUGUAUGUACUGUGGGAUUCAAGCUCUGUUUGACCAGUGGUUAGAGUAUUAUUUGAAUAUGUGUGCUAACUAACUAUAACUAAGUACUCAUUGAUCAAAUGAACCCUUUUGGACAGCCAAGUGUAGUCUAUAAAAUGCUCUAAGAACUAAAAGUUCUGACUUAAAACUCAGAUCUGUGAGCUCUCUAUGUUAGAAAAAUCAUGAAUACACUUGGAGUAAAUCUAUCUACCCAUUUACAGUGAUGUCAUCCCAUACCAUGCACCUACAAGUACCAUAGUGGUUGAUCAGUUUAUCUAACAUUAGAGGGAAGAAUUCAUAUUUUUGUCACCGAAGAACAGACACAUGCUCAUUAAUCUUUGGUAAGACUGCUUUCUCUAGCAGUUCAAAUGGGUACAUAUUUAAGAAGAGAAAUAAAUGCAGAUCAUUUAUUUCAUUGCAUAAAGAUCUACCCUUCAAGUCUUCAGUAAAUUCAAGGUUUCCGAAGUCAAAGAGGGUUUUGAAAUUGCUUCCUGGAUAUAUACUCUCUUAUUGGGAGAAGCAUCAAUCCAUUAGGUGGCAGCUUUUUUGAUGCAAUGCGAUUCUUAGGCAUUUUUGUUUUGGAACAUUUUCAAAAUAUAACUUUUCUGAAGAACCUUCAAUUAUAUUUUGCUUCAGUUGAAAUAAUCUCACUUCUUAUUGGCAAUUUGAAAUAGAAUUUUAAAUGUUGGGAAUAUUAUUAUCCACUGGCACAUAUAUUAUUCAGUUGCUAUAAUCCAUUAAGAGCUUUUAUGCAUGUCUUGAUAAGAGCUAAGGUGUGACUGAUUUUUUCAAAUGCAUUACUUGCCUCUUUUUUCCCAAAAUAAUUAGAUUUUUUAUUCUUAAAGAAAGAUUUGGGUGUUUUUUUUUUUUUUUUUUUUUUUUUUUUUUUUUUUUUUUUUUUCAUUUUAAUGACAGCAAUGUGUUUUAUGCAUGGACCUUAUAAGAAAUAGAUCAACCCAAAUGAGUUUUCUCCCUUGCCCUGGCGCAUUCCCGGCUGUUACCUUGACCACAUCAUGACUUGCAGAAGCUUAACAGUAGUUAGCUAAUGCAACAUGUAUACGUUUCAAGAAAAAGCUGGUGAUAGUUCCUCCUUUCACAAAUUAGAAUUUUUGAUAUUUUUAUUUUUCAAACUGAGAUUGAUUUUUAAAAAAUAACAUGUUUAUCAAGCAUAAUUAAUGUUCUAAAUAA